GAGAGACUUUAAAGAGGGAUGUUUAGGGCGGAUACAGAUUGGACAUGUCACAACUGCUUCAGGGGCCCAAGAUCAGGUGAUCAUUUCAAAGGAAAAUAUUUAUCAACAGUGAUUGCAAACCUUCCUGUCACACACACUAUUCAAUCAUGGACCAAAUUCAACAUUCAGGCAAAGAUGCAGAGUCCCAGCCUUCAAGACCAGGAAAAACAAGACAUUUUGGUGGAUUCAAGGUAUUUUUGGCAUCCCUGUCAUUCAGCUACAUAUGCAAGGCACUAGGUGGAAUUGCUAUGAAAAGUUCCAUUACUCAAAUAGAAAGAAGAUUUGACAUAUCAUCUUCCCUUGCUGGUUUGAUUGAUGGAAGCUUUGAAAUUGGGAAUUUGUUAAUUAUUGUGUUUGUGAGUUACUUUGGAUCCAAACUGCACAGGCCAAAGCUGAUUGGAAUCGGUUGCUUCGUCAUGGGUUUAGGGUCACUGCUGACUGCGCUGCCACAUUUCUUCAUGGGAUAUUACAGGACACCAAAAGAAAAUGACAUCAACUCUCUAGACAACUCCACAAUGGUGUGUUUAGUUAAUCAAACUACAUCAUUCAAUGGAGCUUCACCUGAAAUAGUGGGAAAAGGUUGUGAAAGCGAAUCCAAGUCAUACACGUGGAUUUAUGUCUUGAUGGGGAACAUGCUUCGUGGGAUAGGGGAAGCACCAAUAGUCCCGCUGGGAGUUUCCUACAUUGAUGACUUUGCAAAAGAAGGGAGCUCUUCUAUAUACUUAGGUAUUCUGCAUACUGUAGCAAUGAUUGGUCCAAUCUUCGGCUUUCUUUUGUCAUCUGUGUUUGCUCGAAUGUAUGUAGACAUUGGAUUUGUCGACCUGGACAGUAUCCGAAUAACUCCUAAAGAUGCUCGUUGGGUUGGUGCCUGGUGGCUCAACUUUAUUGUGACUGGCUUAUUAUGCAUUAUUUCUUCCAUACCCUUCUGUUUUAUACCCAAAAUUCCAAAGACAUUUCAGAAGGAAAGGAAAAAUUCAGCAUCUCUGCAUAUACUCAAAACAGAUGAAGAAAAGAAUUUCAAGGCUAAUUUGACCAAACAGGAGAAACAAGCUCCUGGCAACAUGUCUGGUUUUCUCCAGGCUCUGAAAAGCAUCCUUACUAACCACCUGUAUGUUAUAUUCAUGGUACUUACAUUACUAAAAAUCAGCAGCUUUAUUGGAAGUUUUACCUACUUGUUGAAGUUUAUAGAGCAACAGUUUGGCCAGCCAACAUCUCAUGCCAACUUUAUGUUAGGAAUUACAACCAUACCUGCUAUGGCAACUGGAAUGUUUUUAGGAGGAUAUAUCAUUAAAAGAUUCAAAUUGACUCUGGUUGGGAUUACCAAGUUUGCAUUUUUCACCUUUACAAUGUCCUAUGUGUUUCAGCUAUUAUAUUUUUCUCAAAUCUGUGAAAACAAAUCAUUUGCUGGCCUAACCUUGACCUAUGAUGGCAUGAACCCAGUGGACUCUCACAUAGACGUGCCACUUUCGCAUUGCAACUCAGACUGUAGCUGUGAUAAAAAGCAAUGGGAGCCCAUCUGUGGGGAGAAUGGAGUGACUUACCUUUCCCCCUGUCUGGCUGGAUGUAAAUCUUCUAGUGGUGAUAAAAACUCUAGGAGUAUAGUAUUCUAUGACUGCGAUUGUAUCAGAGACUCUGGUUUCCAGAACACAAACCACUCAGCACACUUGGGUGAAUGUCCAAGAGACAAUUGUAAAACAAAAUAUCAUUUGUAUAUAUGUUUUCAAAUCUUGAAUUCUUUUUUCACUUCACUGGGAAGCACUUCGUUUGUCCUGAUCCUGAUAAAGUCUGUCGAACCUGAGUUGAAAUCACUUGCAAUAGGUUUCCAUUCACUGGUUAUACGAACUCUAGGAGGAAUUCUAGUUCCAAUCUAUUAUGGAGCAUUAAUUGACAGAGCAUGUAUGAGGUGGUCCGUCACCAGAUGUGGAACACGUGGGGCUUGCAGGGCGUAUAACUCCACACUAUUCGGAAACAUCUACGUGGGAUUGAACACAGCUUUAAACACUGGAACACUUAUUUUAUAUGUUGUAUUACUUUAUUUCAUGAAGAAAAAAUAUAAAGAAAAGGAUAGCAAGACAUUGGAAAAUAGUGGAAAAUCCAUAGAUGAAGGAAACCCAGAAUCUAUAAAUAAAAAUGGAUACUAUUGUGUGCCUUCAGAUGGACCAAACAAUGAAACACCUCUUUAAGAGAAGAAACAGAUAGAUCUAUUGCUUUGUUUUCAGACAACUCCUUAGUUCUUUCAUUGAAGAUUUUUACAGUAUACAUAUGAAGGAGGAUGUAAAAUCCUACGGAUUUAUAUGGAAACAAACCAAAAAUAAAAAGAAAUGAAAGCAUCUUUGUCAAUGUAUAACUGUGCAUUUGAAGCUGGGAUUGAAAUCCAUGAUCUGUAAAAAUUUUUAGAGUGGAAGUUGGCUAGUUUAUAAAAGAUAAACAAUGAUUAAGUAUUUACUUAAUAAUUUAUAAUUCAAUAAAAUAAAUAAAAUGCUAGGAUGGAAAAAGGGCAAUGGAUGGUGAUAAGUUGGUUGCCUAUGUAGGGAGAAAUAUCUAAUGUCUUUAAAAAUCAAAGUUUAAAUGGUUCUAUUUAUGCCUGAAGUCUCUGUGAUAGAGGACUUCAUGACAUAACAUCCUCAGGUAUCCAUGUGAAGUGAUACAUUCUAUAGAAUUAUUAAUUUGAAAUUGUAUGUAAUAACCCAUGCAUCUUCUUUGUAAUACUAUACAAAAUGUUGAGAAUAAAACAGAGACAUUUAGGAAAAUUACAAGCUAUGUUUGUCAGAAAAAAUACCUUAGAAUGCAUUUUUAAUAGCUGUGGUAACAGAUUGAAAAAAAUCCAUAUUGACUGAAGAAAGCAAAGACCAUUUAAUAAAUGAGCUUUCACUCCAUCUGUUAGUUCCCUAAAGCAAGUGUUUGCCAGACAAGCUGUAAAAGGAAUCAGCAUUUACCAUAACAAGUGUUUCGUUUGUCUUUUCUUAAAAUUUUGAAUGUGAUAUAUAUAAUCAAAUAUAUUAUAUAUUUAGGUAUAAUCAAAUAUAUCUAAAAUCAGUAUAAGAAGUAGAAUUAAUGAGACAAAAGAAACUUUGGUUAAUGUAUUAUCUAUUGGGAUUGGAUUUAUUAUAGUGGAUUGUAUAGAUUGUACUUGCUUUAUUGUCAUAUGUUAAAACAUUUUGUUUGCAUUGAAAUAACCUAUUGCAUUGCUUUUCUGUUGCUGUGAUAAAAUAUCCUGACAAAAAAGUG